AUGAGUGAUAAUCGUGAGGAAAUUCAAGAUCAAAUAAAGAUUCAAGGAGAAGUUGUCAGAAAGUUGAAAGCAGCAAAAGAAUCAAAAGGGAAAAUCGAUGAGGAAGUCGCUAAACUUUUGGCUCUCAAAGCUAAACUCACUGAAAAUGAACCAUCAGCACCUCAAAAGUUUUCUCUGAAAACACCAAAAGGAACACGAGACUACAAUCCACAACAAAUGGCACUUCGUCAAUCAGUGUUAGAUAAAAUCGUGAAAGUUUUCAAAAAGCACGGAGCUGAAACGAUCGACACACCAGUGUUCGAAUUAAAAGAUUUUGUGAUAAAACUCAAUCAUCGUAAACUCCUCGAUGGAAUGUUUGAAGCUUGUGGUGUUCCAAACGAUAAAUUUCGAACAAUUUGUUCAGCUGUUGAUAAGCUCGAUAAGAGUCCUUGGGAAGAGGUGAAAAAGGAGAUGAUUGACGAGAAAGGAUUAGACGAGGCUACAGCUGAUAGAAUUGGUGAAUAUGUGAGACUUAAUGGUGGAGUUGAACUUGUUGAGAAGCUUUUAAAAGAUGAAAAGUUGAAGAAAGUUCCUUCAGCAGUUGAGGGUCUUGAAGGGAUGAAACUUCUGCUGCAGUAUUGCGCAAUUUUCGAUGUUGCUAAUCAUGUUGCUUUCGAUUUGAGUCUCGCUCGUGGUUUGGAUUAUUACACGGGAGUGAUAUACGAAGCUGUGUUGAAAGGCGACACAAAAGAAGGUACCAAAAAGAAAAAGGAAGAAGAAACUGUUGGAUCAGUUGCUGGUGGUGGUCGUUACGACAAUCUUGUUGGAAUGUUUGAUGGGAAAGGAAAGCAAGUUCCAUGUGUCGGUGUUUCAAUUGGUGUUGAAAGAGUUUUUGCUAUUCUUGAAGCGAAGAACGCUGUUGAGAAGACGAAGUUAAGAACAACUGAAGUUCAAGUUUAUGUUGCAUCAGCUCACAAAGGAUUGCAUGAGAAACGACUUGAGAUUUUAGGGAAAUUGUGGAGUGGAGACAUCAAAGCUGAACAUUCUUACAAACAAAAUCCGAAACUUCUCGCUCAACUUCAACAUUGUGAGGAAUAUCAAAUACCUUUUGCUUUGGUGCUAGGCGAUUCUGAAUUAGAACGUGGAGUUGUUAAACUUAGAGAUGUUGUGACAAGGCAAGAAGAAGAAGUUCCAGUCGAUAACUUAGUUGAAGCUAUUAAAUGGCGUUUGAGUUCGAGACGAUCAACUU